AUGGUCUUAAAAUUUAUCGAAAGAAAAAGGCAAUCUGUUGAAACAAACAAACUUCACCAGAUUUGGACAACGAAAACAGAAAGAACAGCAGACGAUCGAAUUGAAGCAGAAUUUAUUUGUAACUUUGAAACGAUCUUGUUUCGUGAUGUUUCAUCCAAUUUGUUCAUGAUUACUGUAUUGGGAUUAUUACAUUUUGUGGUACCCUUGUCAAUAAUAAGUGCUUCUUUUCCGAAAGAAGAAGAAGAAGAAGUUUCUUUAAAUACAUUUAUUUUUUGCCUGGACGAUAUGUUAGCGUAUCCAGUGGUGCACUUUAAAAGCACAAAUUACAGAGCACAAAAGAUAAAUGAAGAAUAA